UCGCUGCUCGUGGGGAUGGUCCAGAGCGAGCCCCCGACAACGUGGUCCGUCGCCGUCACCGCGCACUGCGGCGCCGGCACGGCGAGGAGGACGCAGCCGGCCAGCAGCGCCGCGAGCAGGGACGGGAUCGCCAUCGCCAUCGCCAUCGCCAACGGUGAUCCGCCGGAGGGACACGGAACGGAAGACGAGUCGCGAAGGAACGAGCAACCGCUCUCUCCCCUCUGCAACUGCAGCAUGCAACAGCGGGCGUCAUGCUCUCGCCCUCCAGCGAGCCGAGGCGGAAAAAAACAGAACGAAACGCAAUUCAUGGGCCUUAGAAGCGGGCCGAAAGAGGCCCACCCAUUCGGGGGCGACUCGCACCGCGGCCCAGCAAGCAGCCAGGCCCGCCCCCGCGUAUAUACAAGCGCCACCACGCUGCCUCCCAUCCCUAGCCCUUCCGCCCGCUCGCCCGCCCGCGCCGCCGCCGCCGCCUCCUUCCGCAGGAGCUCCCUCCCCGCAGGCGCGAUGGUGUACAUCAAGAACCAGAAGACAAGGGCGUACUCCAAGCGUUUCCAAGUCAAGUUCAAGAGAAGGCGCCAGGGGAAGACCGACUACAGGGCCAGGCUGAGGCUCACAAACCAGGACAAGAACAAAUACAAUACCCCCAAGUACCGUUUUGUUGUGCGAUUUACCAACAAGGAUGUCACUGCACAAAUUGUGUAUGCUACCAUUGCUGGUGAUAUCGUGAUGGCCGCUGCCUACUCCCAUGAGUUGCCUCGCUAUGGUCUUGAAGUUGGCCUGACCAACUAUGCUGCAGCCUACUGCACUGGUCUCCUUUUGGCUCGUCGUGUGCUCAAGAACCGUGAUCUCGAUGAGGAGUAUGAAGGCAAUGUUGAGGCCACGGGUGAGGACUUCUCUGUUGAGCCUUCUGAUGAGAGGAGGCCUUUCCGUGCGCUCUUGGAUGUUGGUCUUAUUAGGACCACCACUGGAAACCGUGUGUUUGGUGCCCUUAAGGGAGCUUUGGAUGGCGGCCUUGACAUUCCACACAGUGACAAGAGAUUUGCUGGUUUCAAGAAGGAUGAAAAGUCGCUGGAUGCUGAGAUUCACCGCAAGUACAUCUUUGGAGGGCAUGUCGCUGACUACAUGAGGUCACUAGCAGAUGAGGAACCAGAGAAGUUCCAAACUCACUUCAGUGAGUACAUCAAGAGGGGAAUCUCAGCUGAUGACAUGGAAGCAGUUUACAAGAAGGUUCAUGCUGCCAUCCGUGCUGAUCCCACCAUGGCCAAAUCAACCAAGGCGCCUCCCAAGACUCACAAGAGGUACAACCCCAAGAAGCUGACCUAUGAGCAGAGGAAGGCCAGCCUCGUCGAAAGGCUCAACGCCCUCAACAACUCUGCCGGUGCCGCCGAUGACGACGAGGACGACGACGAGUGAAAUGCGUUUUUGUUAAAGUCUGGCACCCUGCACAACGGACCUGUUCCUUUGAGUUUUGGUUAUUAUCUUGCUGGAGUUAUAGAUUGUGUUAUCGGGAUUAUGUGCCGUGCUGGCAUUUGGAUAUUGAUCUUAAUCCGUUCGUCUGGCA